UCUCUCUCUCUCUCUCUCUCUCCCUGAUGUCUUUUUAAUGUAACUUCUUACUGAUCGGGAGAGCAGGGAGCGUCUGGAAAGCCUGGUCGCGUGACUCCAUCCCUAAUGAAGGAUCUGCUCGCACGGCAUUCUGUUUAAAGCUGGACACACAGAACAGAAAGGAUCAGAUUGUAUAUUUUGGGGAUAACGUUUCCUCCCUGUGUGGAUGGCUCCGUCUUUAUUUCCCCCCCUCUGUGGAUGCUAUAGCGCACUAUGACGGUUUGAAUGAAGCUGUCUUUUUGGAUUUUGUCCGUGCCAGCAGCUGCUUCUGGGUGACUGCUCAAUCUUCACUUGUGAACUCGUUUUAAUUUUCUGCCGUUAUCCUAUGAGCUCUCUUUUAUUUAUUUUAUUUGAAAUUGUAUUUCGUUUCGUCAAACAAUGCCACAGUUUCCCAUGACUGUGUAUUAGCUAUUGAUGCCGACAGUAAGUGUGAGUUAAUUAUCGCGUAAAAACGAAGUUGGGCGCAAAAAAAAGUUUUGGAGAAAGUCGAAAUGGCGAUGGUAGCGUGGAGAAACACCGAGGCGGUCGGGGACUCUCAGGGGACUCUUUCCUCCCCGGUGUCCCAGGUUGCACCUCUGUCUCUGCCCGGAGAGCUGACGGGACACAUGAACCCGGCGCCUUCUCUGGAAAUACCCCAAACAGCAGCUGCACCUCAGGGAGCACCGCCGUCCAAUCCGUCCGGCAACACCGUCGCGACCACCACCAACAAUAACAACAGCACCUCCUCUUCCUCCUCCUCCUCCUCCUUGUCCAUGGACAAACAGCAGAGCCAGCAGAUCGAGUGCAUCGUGUGCGGGGAUAAAUCCAGCGGGAAGCACUAUGGACAGUUCACAUGCGAAGGAUGUAAGAGCUUCUUUAAACGCAGCGUCAGGAGAAACCUGACCUACACCUGCAGGGCCAACAGGAACUGUCCCAUAGACCAGCACCACCGCAACCAGUGCCAGUACUGUCGCCUCAAGAAAUGCCUCAAAGUCGGCAUGAGGAGAGAAGCUGUCCAGAGAGGCAGAAUACCAACCCAGUCAUAUCACGGCCAGUUUGCUCUGACAAACGGGGAUCCUCUGCAGUGUCACUCCUAUCUGUCGGGGUACAUCUCUCUGCUGCUGCGGGCCGAACCCUACCCGACCUCCAGGUUUGGCUCUCAGUGCCUGCAGAACAACAACAUCCUGGGCAUUGAGAACAUCUGCGAGCUGGCGGCUCGGAUGCUCUUCAGCGCUGUGGAGUGGGCCCGCAACAUCCCUUUUUUCCCGGACCUGCAGGUGCCGGACCAGGUGGCCCUUCUUCGCCUCACCUGGAGCGAACUGUUCGUCCUGAACGCCGCCCAGUGCUCCAUGCCCGUCCACGCCGCCCCGCUACUGGCCGCUGCUGGUCUCCACGCAUCCCCAAUGUCUGCUGACCGGGUGGUGGCCUUCAUGGACCACAUCCGGGUCUUCCAGGAGCAGGUGGAGAAGCUGAAGGUGCUGCACGUGGAUUCGGCGGAGUACAGCUGCAUUAAGGCCAUCGUGCUGUUCACCACAGAUGCUUGUGGUCUAUCAGAUGUGGCCCAUGUGGAGGGUCUCCAGGAGAAAUCGCAGUGUGCUUUAGAAGAGUAUGUGAGGAGCCAGUAUCCCAACCAGCCUAACAGGUUUGGGAAGCUGCUGCUUCGCUUGCCUUCCCUCCGCAGCGUCUCUUCUUCUGUCAUAGAGCAGCUUUUCUUCGUCCGUCUGGUGGGGAAAACACCCAUAGAAACUCUGAUAAGGGACAUGCUGCUUUCUGGUAGCAGCUUCAACUGGCCUUACAUGGCUAUUCAAUAGAGAAUAAAAGCUGCUGUGGUGCUACUAAGGUCAGGAAGGGUCCCACUUUUCAAAUCAAGUCAUUUCAAAUAGUAAAAUCUCUGUUGAUUUAAACAAGAGAAAAAACUGCCAGUGGAAUUAAAUUCUCUAAAGUAUCUUAAGGGUAAAAAUGUAAUUUAAUUUGCUUUUUUCAUCAUACCGGAGGUAUUAGCUGCCUUAUUUUCCAUUAUGCCACUUUUAGAGGGGUCCAUAAAAUACAGGAAAUCUACCAAUGACUAAAUGAUCUGACCGCACUGGCAGAAAUUUUCACUUGUUUAAAGGGAACUAAUGUCAGUAAACGAAAUGACUGGUUAAGAUGGACAUCUUUUUGCAGUGUGGUGACCUCUCACAGUCUAUGGUUUUUGGGAUAACAAACAAUAUUUAUUGGACCUGUGUGUAUAUUUAUCGUGCUUGUAAAUUAUGUUUUGGAUCCUUUUUGUUUUCUUUUUUUUCCCUUUUUCUUUUUUUUUUAUGUUUUACAUAUUUUUACCCCAGCUAGUGAGAAAACUGCAGGGAUCGUCUUGUGUUGAUCUGUUUUUUGUUGUUGUUGUUGUUGUUGUUUUCAUACCUUCCAGACAUAGCACUUUGGACUAAAGGAACAUUUCAGAAAGAUUUAAUAUGAUUGUUUGAAACCCGACUUCUUCUGACUUCAACCUUUUUGCUCGGUUGCAUAGAGACAGAAAGGUGAGAUUGAUGCUUUGUUUUAGUUACUUUGUUUUCUUAUUCUGGUUUUCUUAUUGACAUGCAAAGAAUGAGAACAGCAAAAACAUUUCAGAACUGCACUUCUCAUGCUCAGUGUUCGGUUGUGCCAAGCGUUAGUCAUUUCUUCGUUAUACUUCUUGGCUAAUACGAUUAUUUCCCUUUUGCCAUAAUGUUCCAGUUAAACUCUUUAAAAUCCUAUUUCAAAGCAAUUUAUCUCUCCCGGAUUUUUGUCACACUUCAACUUUUCUGUUUUUUUCUCAUCUGAACUGAGAGGCUAAUCAUGGCGGUGAGCUGACUGUUGGAUAGCUUAAUCCAAUGUUUUUUAUAUUUAGAGGGGUUAAAGUCCAAAUCAUGUUCCCCUGUGACAGGUAAGAAGAACACGAAUGACACUACGAGAUUAAGGACAAAUGCAUUACCAAAUACUUCUAAUGAAUUUAUGUUUCCUGGACUUUUACACUGACUUCCUCAGAGAUUUUUAAGAGCACUGGGUCUAUAAUAACUACAAUCUCUUAAUUUCCCAGGCCAAGAAACAAAUUUAUUUCAGUAUAACUCAUGCUUUAAUGAGCCCAGGCCACUUAAUGGCACAACAGACCACUGCAGGGUAUUGCUGAAUUUAGAGUGUAUGUGCAUGUGUGUGUGUGUGUGUGGGUGUGUGUGUGUGUGAGUGUAUUUGUGUUUACUUCUUUUUGACAACCACUCUGAUGUACUGUGAAAGCAUAUUGGUUAACAUAUUGGUACCGUAUUAAAUUAUAA